AUGAAAAUAGCACGGAAACAUGAGAGGUUCGCCUAGAGACGAGGAGGGCCUAGAGAAGCUGCAAACUCUGGCGAAAUUCCAGAGGGUUAAAAAAAAAAUAAUAGACCUUCUACAGAGAAAAUAAGAGCUCCAAAAGCAGAAAACAAGCGUUUUGGGAGGAUUUUUGGUGCAUGAAUUAUUGGAAGAGUCAUAUUACUGGACGGCAACGCGUCCUCCAGGAACAAUGGUUGCCGAGCGACGGCUCCGAGGAGUCGUCCUGACACACUUUGGAGGACAACCAUGGCGAGCGGGACGGCUCUGAAGGUCGUCUACGGACUGCUGCUCAUCGUCGGAUUCCUGCUCACCGUCGUCGCCACGUUCACUCCCGGCUGGAGGAGUUAUCGGGGAGAUGGCGCCCCGGACAUCGGUCUUGUCUCCCGCUACUGCGGGGACGGCAACCGACAGCUCACGCAGUACGACUGCAGAGAUUGGGCUUGGGUAAGCGUUAUUUCAGUUCAUUUUGAUCCAGAUGACUCAUCCAUCAACUUUAGAAGACAAUACUGAAAAGAAGCUCAAAGUAGAUCAUAAUAUUUUUAUCUCAUGUAGAGACUGAGCUUGGGUGAGGUUUUCGGAGUUUCAUAAUUUUUUCCUAAUCGAGAUUAAACAUUGAUAUUCAUAAAGAUUUCUAAAUAAAAUGAACUUUAGUAGGCGUCAUAAACAAAAAUAGGUACUUAAAGCAAAACCGUCCGAAAAAAACUCGAUAUUUGGUCGUUGUGAAGCUUUUUCAAUUUUUUUCGACUCUUCGAACUUUUUCCGAGUUUAUUCAACUUUUUCUGAAUUUCGAAGCAUCUCUAAUUUUUGUAUAAAUUUAAUUUCACGCCUUGAGAAUAUCUACUUUUUCGUAUAUAGACCUUAAAAUGAGAUUUUUUUCCCGAUUUUUUUGAUCAAAAAAAUAUUUUUUUGAAAAAUGUAAAGUUCUGAGAAACUUCAAGGGGUCCCUAUAGGGGGUUCCAAAGGGACUUCUAAAUCUUUAGGGGCUUUGGAGUCCGACCUUAAACCCUUAUAGGGACUCCUAAGAUUUUUACCCCUAUAGGGGGCCCUAUUGUACCAUCCUUAUUGGCCGGCCAAAAAAACUGAUCUUUGGAAUUAAGGAAAAUUUAGUUUUGUGGGUAGGGUCCGCAAGCCAUUUCUUCAGAACGAUUCAAAAAAUAUGUUUUUCACAUUGUUCGAUAGAGGAGACUGUCCAUUUUCAUAUUCCGUUUAGUUUUUGAAAAAAGCUCCACUAAGAAAAAAGAUAUGGCCAAAAAACUAGCGCGCGCGGCGUACAACUGAAGGCAAAAUCUCACGGUUUACCCGCUGCCGCACGCUUUCUUUUUAAAUGUUUUUGCGCGUUUCUGGACCGUUUUUAAAUCGGUUUUCUGUUCUGAAAGGUUGUCCGAACUGAGCUUCAUGUUUUGGUAUGAAUCUUUUGUACAAUCCUCAUAAGAAUUUUUUUGAUAAAAUAUCAAAAAAACUACCUAGAAAAAAAGGUCAAAAGGGAUUUUUUUCAGCUUAUUUUUUUCUUCUUUCUACUCAGAAAAAAAUUAUUAUCAUUCGAUUUGGAAAAAAAGAAAAAAAUGAAAAAAAUAAUGUUAUUUCGAAAUAAAAACAGGAAAAAAAGUGCAAUUUGACUCCGAAAAAAACGGCUCCUGCGACAUUUAAAAGGGCGCAUCGGUGUGUUUGACGCAAACACUGCUACGGACGCUUGCACGAAAUCUUCCGAAAUUUCAAAAAAAUUGUCAUUUUUUUCGAGGUUUUUCAAAGCCGUUAUUUUUUUCGCGUCGAUCGAUUUUUUUUCAUAAUUUUUUUUCAUUGAUAGAGUUUUUAAACGCUUAAUAACCUGAUCAAAAAGUAUAGACGCGAUCCUAUUCUCUCAUGCGACAACGAGGCAGGCGAAAAAAGGAGGUUUUGGUAAAAUUCAAAUAUAAUUUGAUUCGCUGUCCCAAUAAUUGUUUUUCAUUUUGAAUUUUUCAUUUUUGGACACACUGUUAGUUUUUAAAUCAAAUAAAAAAAGUAUACCAUGUCGCUGAAAUUUUUUUCGCAUUUCAGCUUCAAAGUUUGGUGUCACUUUACAAGCUUUAAUAUUUUUUUUCGCGUCGGUAGAUUUUUUUCAUUUUCACUCAAAAAAAUAAAGAAAGUGUUAAUGUAUAACAUACUUAAAAAUUUAGAAGCGUUCCUCACUUGGUUUUCUGAAACGCGACGAUUUUGUGAAACUUGUCAGUUUUUUUCGUGUUAAAUAUUACUUUUUUUGCUUAUUUUUUUGAAAAAAAUACGUAGUUUUAAAAAAAUAUUCAGUCUUGUAGAGCGUUGUCGAUUACAUAGAUUAACAGAAACAGUUCAUUUUUAAAGUGAGACUUUAGCUAGUAUAAACGCCUCAAAACCGUUUUUGCAACAAAAAAAUCGUCAUUUUGGUGGCGUGAAGGGGCGGGGCUUUGCGCCCCCUAUUUGUGGGUUAUUUGUUACGCUUAAUCGACUGUCACUCACAGAUUUUUGAUAUCUUUUCUAGAUUCGCCAAAAUCUCAAUGGGUCUUUUCCUCAUUGGACGCCGUUCAUGUCAUCCUUACUUAACUUAUUAGGUCAAAAAAUUCCUAAAUAACCCCGAAAAACUUUUCAGCACAAGUUGCCAUUCGAAAAAGCGACGCUCGCCUUGAUGCUCAUCGCCUGUCUUUUGGAAAUCGCCGGGAUAAGUUCAGAUUUUCCAAACUACUCAUAAUAUAUUUAAAAGUUCAGUAUGUUUCUGCGGAUUAUUUUCUCCGAGAAUGCGGCUGGCCUUCCCCGCAGUGACAGUGACUUCACUGGCUUUCGGCGCGAUUUUCGCAGCCGUUUUAAUUUUUGGAAUCCGGAAUUCCUACAAAGUUGGUAUGUUUCUGAAUGCAAUAAUUUCUGGAAAAAUCAAGAUUUCAAGCCUACAUGCAGUCGACAACUUUCGAGCUUCUGGCCAACGUCCGUCUCGGCUAUUCCUAUUGGUUGGCCGUUGUUGGCGGGAUUUUUAUGCUUUUCGCGACUGGAAUUACUACAGGAUUUCUUGGGGAACCCGAAUCUCAACAUUUGCACCAUUGA